CACACACACCCACAGGAUCCGGAUUCCCGUCUUUCCCAGUAGGUAUCCCCUCCUAUACUUCAUCAUCUUAUCCCUGACUGGACUACUAGAUUCAUUCACCAUCUUCAGUUGCAGGUUCUUGCAUGGUGCCGGCAACUCUAAUGCCAUCAUCUGGCUACCUUGAUAAGCUUUGUACCACUGGAUAUUUACAAUCAAAUGUUUCAUCUGUCCAUUUUUCAUCCGACCUUUUAAGAAAUUCACCCUCUUACAGGAAGACAUUGUAUACUCGGUUUUGGAUCUUCCAUUUGACACAGCCACUCUUCAUCAAGGACCUGAAGAAGAUGACAUGGCAUAUAAGAAGCAACGCAGAAGGCAGUGCAUCAUCCACAAAUAAUAACAGCAACGGAACUAGACUCAUAAGGACCAUUAGAGCCUUUCAAGUUAGAAUAAAUGCACGAAUUAAAGACUUGAGAAAGGAUCUUCCCAUGAAACUGCUAUUUUUCUUGACGGGUUUCUAUUGUUCAACGGCAUUUGCUACUGUAAUAGGGCAAACUGGUGACUGGGAUAUUCUUUCUGCUGCUUUGGCUGUGGUUGUGGUGGAGGGGAUUGGGGCCCUUAUGUACACAGGAUCACUUCCUUUAUUUGGGAAGGUAAGAAACGUGAUUACCAUGUUCAAUUAUUGGAAAGCUGGCCUUUGUAUGGGUCUUUUUCUGGAUUCUUUCAAGUAUUAGAGAUGUCUUGUUUCUCAACAAUUCCGUUGGUAACAACGGCAUUUUCUGCCCUCCAAGUACAGGGAUAAUAUUAUGGCCGUGGUGUUUAAUAUUGAUGGAAAUUCUUGGAUGUGAUCCUAAUCAAUUCGUUUGGAGUGGAUUUCAUGAAAAUGUUGUACUUGACACAUUAGAGUAUCUCAUGGUUCAAGAAAUCUUGCUAACUUGAUUCUGCUAGUGAAAUAUGCGAUUAGUGUUCUCUCUUUGGAUCCUUCAAGAUGAUGUACAAGUUAUUUUUUUGAGGUGGGGUUGCCAAGAUAAAACCAUGAUUUGGCAUAAAGAAAGGCAAGACAGAAAUCAAAGAUACUGAGAGGCAGUGCAAACCCUCAGUCUCAAUUUUGGAUUUGGCCCGGCCAUGUUGCUAGAUUUUGCUUGAUCAGAGGCUUGAGUUAUAGACGAAAUGCAGAUGAAGUAUAAUGAAGUGCCUACACACCGCCAAUUUGUUUGUAGGAUAUAUUUUGUACACAGAUAGAAAGCAGAUACUAGUUCCUAAGUUUUGAUGAUUCAAUUGAAUAUUCCAUGUAGUCCUGUACAGCUUCUUUCAUAAGUAGUUUCAACUUGUGAUGUUUCUAGAGGCGACAAGUUUUGACCCAUAUACAUAUGAAUUGGUUAGAGUUGACAA